AUGACGCGGUCCUUUGGGUUCUGGCCGUUGCAGCUCGUCGAUUAUCUGCGCCCAGGAUCGUCCCGCACCGUCCCGUCGUUCUUUUGUACAGCACAGGUGCCACGUAGCAGCGACGCAGGUGAAAAGAAGAGACGGCCCAAGCCAGACGAUGCGCUUCACGGCAAGGGAAAUGCAGUCAGCGCAGACGUCUCAGAGAAGCGUAGAUCAGGGGAUGGGACCAGAAAGAGAAGGUCUGUAGAGACUGCGACCCCGCGCUCCCCGCGACAAGAGCGGCAAGAACACCGUCCACGAUCGCAGCAAAACUACGACCAGGUCUACCAAGGGCGCGAACAGUACCGGCCUGCUCUGAACGUGCAGGUUCCAGACAUGUACUACCGUGCUGUCAACCCAGAAAGCUCAAACUCAUCGCAAGAAGCACUACUGAACCCGCGACCCCACCGAAGUCAACAUACCCGACAGCGGCACCCAAACCGCACAUCGCAAACCACUCUGCGCGGGCGUGGAGCCAAGCGAGACCCUCCGCGACACUCGAAAUCCAAAAAGAACUUGCGUCCUGAGCCUUCAAAAAGAUGGUCCCUGUUUGCGCCUUCGCCACCAAAAACCCCAAAACGUGACCAUCGCAACUAUCAAACUCUCGACUCCUCACCACGCAGCCACCGAUCUUCCCGUCAGCAGCGCUCUCCUCAAGCAACCGUCACAUCCGAGUCUUCGCCGUCUCAGACCCGCCACCACCGUUCACGUCAGCACGAGCGAUCAGCUCCUUCUACACGCCAAGCACGUUCUCGCACGCCAAACACCGCCGCUCGUCGGGUGCCUGACCGGCGUUUCGCUGUGCUCGCUGCUACCAACCAGGCGCUCGAGAAUGUAAGGAGAGAAGCGUUUGCGCAGCCCUCUCCGCCGCCAAGACGAGAGAGGUUGAGACGGUACGAGGGUGUUGCCAUUCCCACAAGUACCAUCCCGUUCAACUGGGACUGCGUGAGUAGUUCGCAGACUUCAGCUGGAUAUGGACAUGGCGAGCCUAGUCGGCAAAGGCGGUCGCGACGGUGAGGCGUGAGACUAGUGUUGAGUGAGCAUUUGCCCUAGGGCUGACAUUUGCACCUUGGAUGUCGAGUCAUGCGCGGUUUUCUUUGUCUUUGUUCUCACUUCUCUAUUGUUUUUGAAGGAUACCCCCGCAUAAUUGGUCGCUCUUGGAAAUGAUAGGUUUCGGCUUCGUAGGCGUUCAUUAUACCCUGUCUGUUUUGCAUCCCUUAAUAUUCCUGGCAUACGCAUGGUUCAGAUGUUGCAUACUACCGUAGAAAUCUGACUACACACCUUAUUCUCGCUUGAAUCUCGCUUCACAUGCUAACUCGUGGAUUCACUGACGAUCAAGCC